AUGCCAUUCGUUUCAUUCGAUGCUGUCCCAGCGGCAACAGCGUCACCAGGAUUUGCCAUAUGUACCAAUGAGAUCUGUUCCGUAUUCCUUGAGAAAGUCUUCCCCAUCUUGGGCGCCAUAUUGCUUACAGUCACAGAAUUUGCUCCCCUGCCUGCUGUAAUCAAGUUGGACCGAACUGGGAUACUCGAAAUGAAUCCUCUUCCAUACUCGACCGGGUUGCCAUCAUGUCUAGCUUGGUCGACUUAUGCGCUACUCAUUCGGGAUUAUUACGUCUUUGCGCCCAAUCUGACUGGAACACCUCUCUGCUUGUACUAUACACUGGUAGCGUACGGACAUGCUUCGAAGGAGCAAAAGAAAUGGAUGUUGUUGACUUGUGUUGGCUCGACGACGUUUAUUUGGCUAGUAACCUAUAUCUGCUUUAUACCUCUCCAUGACACCGAAACGGGUAAAACGAUUCAAGGUGUUUUAGCCAUGCUAUUCUUCAUGCUAUGGGUGUCGAGCCCGCUCUCGAAUGUGGUAAAUGUGAUCAAGGAGAGGAAUGCAUCGUCGAUCGACGUGUUCUUGGCUGUAUCGUUGCUAGUGAGCUCAUUGUUUUGGACUGUUUACGGCAUUGCUAUCAGGGACUGGUUUAUCACAGCCAGUAACGCGGUUGGAACUACAACAGGAGCAAUUCAAGUACUGUGCUUGAUUGUAUUUGGUUCGAAGCCAGAGCCUUCAGUUGCAGUUGAGGUUGAGGGUGACAAAUUAUGA